CCUGUCCAUCCCGGCCGCAUCAGCUUCACACACCUCUCCCUUCUCCGGUUGGAGCUGCGGGUACAGGGCGCCUACCGAUCCAUCAAACACAUCUCUUGCUUCAUCCUUUUGCUAAAACAAGAAGUAGAUCUCACGUCUCUGCCUCAAAGUCCUCUCUCUCCAUGUCAUGUCCUAGGAGGAGGCUAGGAUACAGUACUUUUUCCUGCACGCCAGUGUCGUCUCCUACUUGUGUGGUGUCUACACUCCCUUCUCCGGUGGCAGAGGUACGUGGUGACCGGCGUCCAGCAAUGUCGGCCGGCAGCGAGAAGAAGAGGACGGCGUGCGUCACCGGAGGGAGCGGGUACAUCGCCUCCGCGCUCGUGAAGAUGCUGCUGGAGAAGGGCUACGCCGUGAAGACGACAGUCAGGAACCCCGAUGACAUGGAGAAGAACUCUCACCUCAAGGACCUGCAGGCACUAGGCCCUUUGGAGGUCUUCCGCGCCGACUUGGAUGAAGAAGGCAGCUUUGACGAGGCUGUCGCCGGCUGCGACUACGCCUUCCUCGUCGCCGCUCCGGUGAACAUCCACACGAAGAAUCCUGAGAAAGAGAUGAUCGAGCCCGCUGUCAGGGGAACUCUGAACGUGUUGCGGUCGUGCGUGAAGGCCAGGACGGUGAAGCGCGUGGUCCUGACCUCGUCGGCGGCCGCGGUCUCCAGCAGGCCGGAGCUGCAAGGCGACGGCCACGUCCUGGACGAGGACUCCUGGUCCGACAUGGAGUACCUCACCGCCAACAAAUCCAGUUACUAUGGAUACCCGGUCUCGAAGGUGCUCUUGGAGAAGGCAGCGUGCAGGUUCGCGGAGGAACACGGCAUCAGCCUCGCCACCGUCUGCCCCGUCGUGACCGUCGGCGAGGCACCGGCCCCGAACGCCCGCACCAGCGUCCCAAACUGCCUUUCCCUUCUAUCUGGAGACGAGGCAGCGUUCGCCGUGCUGAACGCCAUCGAGAGCGCCACGGGCUGUAUUCCGAUGGUUCACGUCGACGACCUCUGCCGCGCCGAGGUGUUCGUCGUCGAGGAGGACGCGGCCGCGGGGAGGUACAUCUGCUGCAGCCUCAACACGACCAUCGCCGAGCUCGGGCGUUUCCUGGCGCAGAAAUACCCGCCGUACGGCGUGAAAACCCAUCUGCUCUCCGGAGACCGUCUUGAGAAGCCGAGAGUGUGCCUGUCAUCUGCGAAGCUGCUGAGGGAAGGGUUCGAGUUCAAGUACAAGACGCUGGAGCACAUCUACGACGACAUGGUCGAGUACGGCAAGGCCGUGGGAAUCCUGCCCAACUGACGUGAUUCUCCUCUUCCUCUGCUUUCCGGUCGAUGGUCACGAACUCGCGAGUCAGAACUCAGAACACAAAAACCAUGCCUAGACUGCUAGUAAGCUGAACCUUAGCGGUUCAGUAAGUUCGUAUAAGAUGCGGUUCUGCACUUGUUUCGGCAAUAUCUUGUGGGAAACUAGUUCGGUCGCCGGCGCAUUUUAUCAUACAGACAAAACGAGUUUUCAUCUUACGAUCAAGAGACAUUUCGCUUUUUCGGUGCCUGGCCUUUGGGCAACUUGUACAUCGACACCUGGUUCCAUAGUAUAGUAUUUUAAUUUU